AUGCCGUCGGCUACCGCAUCUGGAGCUGACACAGGUGGCUCAGCGAAUUCCCGAGCCCACAACCAAGGGAAUCAGGACCGCAAAUACACACCCGAGCAAAAGGCGGCCGUAAUCAGGAUACGAAAAUGCAGCGCGACGGCGUUCUAUGAGAUUUUAUCGGUUGAGAAGACGGCAACGGACAGCGAGAUCAAGAAGGCAUAUAGGAAAUUGAGUUUGGUCACUCAUCCUGAUAAGAACGGGUAUGAAGGGGCGGAUGAGGCGUUCAAAAUGGUCUCGCGCGCGUUCCAAGUCUUGUCGGAUUCGGAUAAGAGGUCGAGAUAUGAUAAGUUUGGCGGGGAUCCUGAUAGUAGGUUCCAGCCGAGCGCUGGUCCUGCUGGUGCUGGUGCCUCGCCGUUCGGCGGCGGGUUCGGAGGUGGUGGUUUUCCUCGAGGAGGUGGUGGGUUUGAGGAUGAAAUCUCUCCCGAGGAGUUGUUCAAUCGGUUCUUCAAUGGUGGGCUUGGUGGUGGCUUUGGCCCGUUCGGCGGUCCGCAGUUCGUUUUCAACAUGGGAGGCGGGCCUGGCUUCAGGGUUCAUCAGUUUGGAGGGACUCGACCUCGAAGGCGGCCUCGCGAAGAUGCACAGCCCGAGCCUACGCCAUCUGUCGCAUCUAUGUUCCGGCAGCUUCUGCCAUUGAUCCUCCUCUUUGUGCUCCCUUUACUUUCCUCCCUCUUCUCUAGUGGCUCUACACCUUCGGGCCCAUCAUAUCGAUUCGACCCUAUUCCUCCUCAUACGCAGCAACGGACAACACCCGAAAUCAAGAUAGACUACUUCCUCAACCCGAAAGAUGUAACCGACUUCAGCUCCCGAGAAUUCCGCAAUCUGGACAAACAGGUGGAAGUCGACUAUGUCAAAAAGCUCAGGUAUGAGUGUGAAGGCGAGAUUCUGGCCCGGGAUCGCAUGAUCCAGGAUGCGCAGGGCUGGUUCUUCCCUGAUGUUGAGAAGAUCAAAGAAGCUAGAGCAAUGGAGCUGAAGAGUUGUCGGCGGUUAGAUUCCUUACCGCUGAAGAGAAAGUACUAA